AUGGCCUCCGAAAGACCUAAUGUUUCCAGUGAUCUGAUCUGGGAGAUUACCCGUUCACAGAACGCCUUCCUGGUCAAGCGCAAGACGAAUGGCAGCCCUCAAUUCUCCCGUGAUCCUCUGAAUCUGGUCAACCAGCAUUCCCGUAAGUACGCUGGUUUUGUCAACAACAAGCCCACGGAUAAGGGCGGCGUCGUUCUGCUCUCCAAGACUUCCGGCAACGCGCAGCGUCCUGCACAGAAUGUUCAGACUGUGACAUGGGGUCCCAAUGCCUCCAACCGAAAGAUCUACAAGAGCGUUGCCAACAAAACGGCCAAAACUGGAUACCGCGCAGACCUCCGUGAAGCGGCUGUUGCUCGUGCCAGUGCCAUUCGCCAGUCGCAACGCCCGAAGAAGAAUGCCCCCGAACCGAAGCUGAGGGGCGCAAAGGCUAGACAGGCCGCCCAGAAGGCAUCGUCGUGA